CCUCAAAGCCACCACACAGGGAUCCAACUUUGUUGCCAUUGCAUCCAACGACAUCCGAUAUCCUCUUCUUAAUUUGAUUUGCCUUUCUUUGCCUUGCCUUGCACCCUACCCAACUGUGUGAUCGCUGACUGCCGGGAUAGACUGCUCAGCGCUUUCUUGGGUGCUGAGCAAUCAACGCAGGGGACCAUUGGGAAAGCAACUUCAAAACCUUCAACUGCACACUCGAAACGGUUCUCCACUAUCAAUAUCCACAGGAAUUGUGAGGUGUAUUAGGGAUCUCUUGGGGGCUCAUUGCCGUGCCUCUGUCAGUAAUGGGCUACUCCCCCGAAUCACCACGAGACAUGUCUUCUCCAGACGCCAUAUCCCCUUAUCCGGACCGGCCUAUUCGACCGUUACCCAAAAGACCUCUCCGGGAACGCAUUUCUCCGGAUGUUGCCCAGUCAAUAAAGUACCCUCCCGCACCUAAAACGACAACUCCGUUGUUCUAUUAUGGAUACAACCUUCGAGAAGAUGCUGGGGCGGAUGGCGUUGCAGAGUCGCAGCAUCCAACGGAGCGCAAACGUGUAGAUGAGACUGAACGAAACUACAUAUCAAGACGGAAUGGGAAUGUUUUAGAUAGUGACGAGGAUGAGCAGGCUUUCCGGAGUAGGAUAUAUUCCAGGCCUUCUGCAGAUACCGCUGGCCGAUCCUACCGAUAUGUUCAAAAGCCAGACUCCAAACACCCGGAUCCACAACCCCCAGCUUCUACUACGUCGUCGGUUGAUGGGUAUGAUUCCUUCGAAAAUACUAAUAACAAGAAGAAGCGGAAGAUACCCACUCCCGGGGACUCCAAUCUUAAUGGGGUCCAUCUGUCCAGUGAUCUGGCCAGUAUGGGGAUAUCUGGGCCGGAAGAUCUAAUUGAAGAGGUCAGUAAUGGGGUGGGAUCAUAUCAUAGUCCAGGAUCCGGUCAGGGUAUCUCUGGUCCUGGGAGGGGAAGGUAUGGCCGCAUUCGAAAUGGCAGAAGCCCUCUGAGAACCCUAUCAGACGGUACAAGUAAUUGGGGCAAUGGACGUUCGUCCAAACAACGACAGUCUCAGUGGUCAUCGGCCAGCGAAAGUUCUGGUAUAAUAUCGGAGUCAAUCGCAACCGCCAACGCAGAGAAAUUUCCCAUCACACCGUCAAGGGGCCAAGAGAAUAUCAGCAUUCUACAGCAGCAAGCAUCUAAGAAAUCGAGCCCGGCUUCAACGCAGUUCACCUUCACUUGCGACUCUCAAGUUCCCGGCACAGUCCCGUGGCCUGGGCCGACUAGUUUGACGAACAUGCAUAUGAGUCCAACUAGGACAGUCACACAUGGAACUCAAACUAGCCCAAGCAUCCCCACCAAUCUUAGUACCGGACCGAAUCUGCAAAAGCAGACCGCAGCUCAGACUGCCCCGCCCAAAAAGACUCGUCGUCGAACAGGCAAAGAAUACCUCAUUGCUGCUCGUCAACGCCGUGAACAGCAAAAGUGGAGAAAUGAUCACCACCCCAUUCCAAAGGAGGACCAAUGGACGUGCGAGUUCUGCGAGUAUGAGCAGAUCUUCGGCACUCCACCUGUUGCUCUGAUCAAGCAAUAUGAAAUAAAGGAUAGACAUGCGAGGAAACAAGAGGCAGAAAGACGCAGAUUGCUGGAAAAAGCGAAGAUGAAAGGGAGGAAGGGAAAGAAAGGAAGCAAGGCCACUGCGAAGGCAAAUUCUGCCACACAAGACAGACAGGCGCACCAGACCCAGCAGCCUGCCUCGAUGAAUCAUAGCCAAAGCCAAAGCCAAGGCACGCAGAGCGAGGAGUAUUAUGAGGAUGAAUACGAUGACGAAUAUGCUCAAGAUGAACCCCCACCAUGUCCAACCGGGCCACGCACAGCACAGAAAUUCGAACCCGUACAUUCGGAUCUUGGAAAGACAGUUAGUCAUGGAGUCGCUAGUGGUGUUGUUCCGGAGUCUUGA